UAUAGCUCCGAAAAAAAUAAAAAAAAAACUAAUGUUCCUACAAAACAUUGAAGAAUGGUUAACGUAAAUGGUGGAGUGGUCUGGUGCUACAAAGACGAUAGAUGGAUUCCCCUCCAGCUCUCCUCCAUACGCCUCCACGGCGUCCUGACACAGGCCCACUGGGCCACGAUCUCGGACUUCCUACGGAAAGUCGCCAAUAAAGAAUUGAUUUUGCAGGAAAAUGGUUUCACCGAACUCACCGAGAAGCACAAGGAACUCAUGUUCCAGAACUCCAAAAAUUCGAAUACAGUAAACAGUGAUAACGUGAUAAAUAUUAGUGAUAAUGUCAACGAGCGUAAAGUGAGUUUAGGUCAAAUUCCCGAGGACAAGAUCGUGGAGCAACCUCGCAGGCCGUCCAUGCCUGAACUAAGAUCUUUAGAUAAAAAUAAUUUAUUUAAUAUUAAUAAUUUAUUUCCGUCUGAGACUGAGCGAAAGAAGACUGAUAAGUUAUCAAACGAAAACGAUGAGAUAGUAUUAAGAUUGUUAAAAAAGUAUUGCAAAUACAGUAGAGACGCUUUAGAUGAUGAAAUAGUCAGCGCGUUCGAGAGUAUAGAGGGAGAAGUGAUUCAAGAUACUGUAAUAACUAAGGUUGAAAAGGAAUCGAAACCUAGGAGAAGGAAAUUGGGAUAUGUACACACCGACGAGAAGAUAUACGAAAAUUUGGAUUUUCCUUUGGAUUCGUUAGAAGAAGAUAAGAAUGAACACGUUAUUCGGUGGCUCAAACAACAGAACAACCAGUUAACUUUCGACAAUAUCCCAACCAGACGCCACUCUGUAGAUAUCGGCGUUUCUUCUCCCACCGAUAGCAGGAAAAGUAGUCUUCUGGAGAGGAAAUCCUCCUCGUCGGGCUUCGAAUCUAGAAAAUCUAGUGUAACGACUCCGUCUACCCCCGAGAGUAGAAAAUCAUCUUGGUGUGAUAGUACUUUGAACAGCAGGAAGAGUAGUGUGGGUUCGAACAGCAGUUGUUCGGAGUGCGACGAGGGCGAGGGACUCAGUCAGUGGCACAGGUUCCUUAAAAAACAUUUGAGUUCGAAACAUUCGGAAAAGCGGCUCAAGAAGCAGCGACAGGCGUGGAGUAGAAACAGACGGAAGUUGAGUUCGCCGGCCGAUAUUCAAAGCAUCGAUAUCAACUUUCAUUCAUGGUAUUUCCGCAAGAUAAAGCGCAUAGAAGCCGAGAAGAAACUAUUACUUCCCGAAAAUGAACAUGGAGCUUUUCUUAUCAGAGACUCCGAGAGUCGACAUAACGAUUAUUCCCUUUCAGUUCGAGAUGGAGAUACCGUUAAACAUUAUAGGAUUAGACAAUUGGACGAGGGUGGUUUCUUCAUAGCUAGGCGAACUACAUUUAGAACAUUACAAGAACUAGUACAGCAUUAUAGUAAUGAUGCCGAUGGUUUAUGCGUCAAUUUAUGCAAACCUUGUGUACAGGUGGAUAAACCCCAACCCGAAGGCCUUUCUCAUCGUACCCGCGAUCAAUGGGAAAUCGAAAGAACAUCGUUAAAAUUCGUUAGGAAAUUAGGCCACGGCCAGUUCGGGGAAGUGUGGGAAGGUAUGUGGAACAACACGACGCCGGUAGCGAUAAAAACGCUAAAACCUGGCACCAUGGACCCCAAAGAUUUUCUCGCCGAAGCGCAAAUUAUGAAGAAACUAAGACAUCCUAAAUUAAUUCAAUUGUACGCCGUUUGUACGUUCGAAGAACCGAUCUAUAUUAUUACAGAACUGAUGAGAAACGGUUCCCUAUUAGAAUACCUUCAAGGCAAAGGAAAGAGUUUGAAACUGACUCCAUUGAUUGAUAUGGCUGCGCAGAUUGCCGCUGGAAUGGCGUAUUUAGAAUCUCAAAAUUAUAUACAUAGGGACCUCGCCGCUAGAAAUGUUCUGGUAGCCGAUGGGAACGUAGUCAAAAUUGCCGAUUUUGGAUUAGCUAGAUUAAUAAAAGAAGACGAAUACGAAGCUAGAGUAGGAGCUAGAUUCCCAAUUAAGUGGACGGCACCAGAAGCGGCGAACUAUAGCAAAUUUUCAAUCAAGUCAGACGUGUGGUCGUUUGGUAUUUUACUGACAGAAUUGGUCACGUACGGAAGGAUCCCGUAUCCAGGAAUGACUAACGCCGAAGUUCUUCAUCAAGUCGAGCACGGCUACAGAAUGCCAGCGCCACCUAGCUGCCCGCCAGCGCUCUACGAUAUAAUGUUAGAAUGCUGGAACAGAGAUCCCAUGCGAAGACCCACCUUCGAGACUCUUCAAUGGAAACUGGAAGACUUCUUUACAAUGGAAGGAUCGGAAUACAAAGAAGCUUCGGCUUACUGAGGUCACGCCCACCCCCCUGCUGAUUGGUUGCGUAACUCCAUAGAGGUGCACUACCAUUGAUAGGGAGGUGGAUAUAUCUAUUUAUCAAUCCAAGCAAUAGAUAGAUAUGCCGUACUUCUUCUGUUUUUAAAUUUGAAUUGACUUAAUCGAUUUUAAGAAUUGACAGGUCUUGGUUUGUUAAUUACUUUUUUUAUAAUAUGAACUGUGUUUUAAUUUUAUAUUUCCAAUUUUAGAACGUGUCGAAAAUAUUUAUACAUAAAUUAUCAAAGACUAUUUAAAUAAAUUUUAAUUUCGUUGAUGGUUGGUUGUACCUCGGUUUGUAUGGUGUCUAAGAAGAAUCGAAAAUACUCCUAUAUUUUAAUGCAUUAGGUCAUAAUACAUCUAACAAUUCAGCAGGGACAAUUAGAUAUGGAGGGAGGAGGAUGUAAAUUUUCUGGUCUCAAAAGAAUUUCUCGAAGUCUGGUCGAUUAUAUUAUUAAUCUAAUUAUCAAUAAUUUUCUGGUUUGUCCCAACAUAUUUUUUAUCCCAAUUUGUAUAAUAACAACUGGAAUAAUUAGUGUAGUUGAGACAGUGGAACGGGAUAGUAAAAAGCCGUUUUGGAGCACCAAAGAAAAUAUUUUAUUAAAAAAAUAUAUUUUGAGAAAUCAAGUCAAAAUUUUUAGAAAAAGGUCAGAAACUUGAAAAAAUAGUUAUUCUUUAUAUUGUCAAUUUUCCGACAUAAUUUCUCAAAAUUUUUAUUUGUUUUUUAAAAGUUUAACUUUUUAUAACAUUUGUGACAUUAAUACGCCAUUGUAGAAUAGGGGAAAGUCCGAAAAUAUGCAGAAAAGGUAAAAUAAUAUCGUGUAAUGGAUGGUACAUCUGUAUGGUCGCCUUCUAUUGUUUGAAUGGUUAAAGUAGAUAAUCAAAAAACAAAUGAUUUCUUUGUAGCAAGAAAUGCAUAUUUAUUCUCUCUUAAUUAUUAUUCUUGAAUUGUUCCCAAAACAAAAUCGCUAAGAACGAUUUUUUUAUUAUAAUCUGUAUGCAAAAGUUGGUACACCAUUUGUAAAAAAAGAUUUUACAGUAGAAUUAAGAUAUUACAGUGGUUCCCCAAAUGUAUGUGGCCAAUUCUUAACAAUAUAGAAAUUUUAAAUAACUAGAGGUGGAGAAAAUAAUCGAUUAUUUCAGAAAAAUCGAUAAUCGUAAAUAAUCCAUUAUUUGAAUAAUGGGAAAUAAAUAAUGAAUUGAUUAAAUAAUCGAACAUAAC